AUUUGUUAUUUUUUGUGACUUGGUCUCAUUUCAGAUGAAGUGGCUAUCUGUUCUGCCCCAACGAUGUAUUUUGCUGAUGACAUGUCUUCUGAUGGCACUGGAUGCUGUACCUAUAGACAUAGAUAAGACAAAGGUCAAAGGAGAAGGCCACGUAGAAGGAGAGAAGGUAGAAAAUCCAGAUACAGGACUUUAUUACGAUGAAUAUCUCAGGCAAGUAAUAGAUGUCUUGGAAACAGAUAAGCAUUUCAGGGAGAAACUUCAGACUGCUGACAUAGAGGAAAUAAAGAGUGGAAAACUAAGCAGAGAGCUUGAUUUAGUAAGCCACCAUGUGAGAACACGGCUGGAUGAACUAAAAAGACAAGAGGUAGCAAGACUAAGAAUGUUAAUUAAAGCUAAAAUGGAUUCUGUUCAAGACACUGGCAUAGACCAUCAGGCUCUUCUUAAACAGUUUGAGCACCUGAACCAUCAGAAUCCUGACACGUUCGAACCUAAAGACUUAGAUAUGUUGAUCAAAGCUGCUACAAGUGACCUGGAAAAUUAUGAUAAGACCCGCCAUGAGGAGUUUAAGAAAUACGAGAUGAUGAAAGAACAUGAGAGGAGAGAGUAUUUAAAAACACUCGAUGAAGAAAAGAGGCAGCGAGAAGAAUCCAAGUUUGAGGAGAUGAAGAAAAAACAUGGAGAUCACCCUAAAGUUCACCAUCCUGGAAGCAAAGAUCAGCUGAAAGAGGUGUGGGAAGAAGCAGAUGGGCUGGAUCCUAAUGAAUUUGACCCAAAAACAUUUUUCAAAUUACACGAUGUCAAUAACGAUGGCUUCCUGGAUGAGCAAGAAUUAGAAGCUCUGUUUACUAAAGAGCUAGAAAAAGUUUAUGAUCCCAAAAAUGAAGAGGAUGACAUGGUUGAAAUGGAAGAGGAAAGGCUGAGAAUGAGAGAACAUGUAAUGAAUGAGGUUGAUAUUAACAAGGACCGGCUGGUGACUUUAGAAGAGUUCCUGCGUGCUACAGAGAAAAAAGAAUUUUUGGAGCCAGAUAGCUGGGAGACACUAGAUCAGCAGCAGCUCUUCACUGAGGACGAGCUGAAGGAAUUUGAAAGUCAUAUUUCUCAGCAGGAAGAUGAACUUAGAAAGAAGGCUGAAGAUCUUCAGAAGCAGAAGGAAGAGCUACAGAGGCAGCAUGACCAACUUCAGGCUCAGAAACAAGAGCUUCAGCAGGUUGUAAAACAGAUGGAACAAAAGAAACUACAGCAGGGAAGUCCUCCCGCAGGACCAGCUGGAGAACUGAAAUUCCAACCCCCUGGGGAACACAAAGUUGAAGAUGCACCAAAACAUCCUGCAGAAGGUGAUCAGCCUUUACCACCAGGACAUGUCCGGGAACCAGCUGCUAGAACUGAUCAAGUUCACCCUUAACCACUUGUGCCUCAACUUUAUAGCAUCUUUAUUAUUUGAGGGUCUUGGCGGGGGGUGGGCAGGAAAUCAGAGUAAAAUGUGAACUCUCCACUUUCUUCCCCAGAAGAAUCAUUGUAAAAUCAUUUGGAACAUUAGAAAUGAACUAUCAGUCAGACUUGAAUCAUAAAUUAAACUAUUUUUUUUCUCCAGAGCAUCAGUGAGGAAAACAGCAAGGGGAUCAUCAGACGCUAUAGUGGAGGAGGGAAUUAAGGAAACUAUUAAUGCUAAAGGUUUUUAUGGCCAGAGCUGUUGAACUCUCCUCUUGGAAAAACAGAGGUGAUGUCUACCGUUCUGUAUUUAGGCAUGAAUUGCAGUCUUCUCAGAGAGGAGGCAGGGAACUGACCUGAAUGUCAAAUUAGGUCUAGUUCUAUGUAGAAACUUUCCAGAAAUGCUGAGAAGCAAAAUAUAGGUUUAAUGAUCUUAAUAAGCAAAAUAUACCAUAGAUAAAGGCCUACCAUUUCCAGCACUACCAAACUCUUUCUUCUUUGAGACCAAAUAAAAAAAUCAAACUGCUAAUCUUUAAUCAGGAUAGAUUUGCACUUUCGAAAAGUCUAAACACAGCAAAGAAUUAUGUGGAACAGUGAAUAUUUUUCAUGUUUACAGAAGCCUAAGAAUUUCACUGUAAGCCUUCAAAAGGAAUACUAUACUUCUAGUGUACUGAUCUGAACCGUCCUCCUUGCUGGGAUUAAUUCUGUGUAGCCGUUGAAUACUCAGCUGGCUCUUGGGACAGUACUUUUGUCCCUGUUUCUUUCAUCAGGUGUCAGCUGAUUUCAAAAUUUUGCAUGUUAUUAAGUAAGCAUUUUAGGUCGAUGGAAAUGUACAAAACAGAACAAGACUCAGUGUCUUUUUCUGUACAGAUUAUCCUACCUCCUAUGAUAAUGGCAGGCUUUUCAAAAUGCACCAUGUGCUUCAGAAAGCUUUUCUCACACAUGAAUCUUUAACUUAAGAGGUUCACUAUUAACUCUCAUUAGUUCUUCAGCAGUUGGUGUAAGUUUAUGAAGUGUCCUAAAACAGGGGUGCUACUUGUUUGUAUUAUUUUGGUAUUAAACCAGGCUAGGUCCCUAAUAUUGUAAGCCAAUAUUCUACAAGAAUAAUUUGAUUUUCCUGUGAGUUUUACUAGAAUGUUGAGAAGUUGUGUGAUUGUCCCUGCUUGUCAUCUAUUUCAGACUGAAAGUAUACUAAAGUGUAAACCCUGUUUGGGUUUUUUU